AUGAACAACAGUAAUGUCAGUGUUUACGGAAGUGACUCUACCAAUAUCGAUAAUGAUGAUAGACAAGAUGCUAACGACGAGGUUAAGAAUCCAGGCCUUCAGAAACCACAAGAUCAAACAUCAAAAGUCACCUCUGACAGCAAGACUUUGAGGUUUUCCAAGCAAUCUGUGCCUGUUUUGGAGGCCACCACCGAAAGUGUAACUAGCUCAGUGAUAAAUGUGAAUGCAUUAGCAAACACGGAACCCGAUUCUACUUCCAAGACCAACACCCCGAGCUUGAAAGAUACCAGUGUAACAGCUUCUAAUAGAGUCACAAAGAAGAGAAGUCUAAAGAACUUGCCCAACAGAAUAUCAUCGAUAUUUACCAAUCUACCCAAUGAUAUCGAAUUAUCAGACGACUCGGCUUCUGAUACUGAAACCGUUAACGACACCAGUUUCUUGGGAGGUAUUCCAGAAAAUUCUCUGCUCAACCAAGCUGGGGCGGUUCCUCCGCCAGAAUUAGCCAUGUACAGAGAAACUCUGGUGAAGUCUUCUCCAGUGAAAGCUCGGCAGGUCCGUAGUCCAACGGCAGGUACGGACGCUUCUCCUACUAUGAACUCAUUCAAUACGUUGAAACAAUACAAUAUGAAGAAGAAAUCCUCAAACUUAUCAGCAUCUUUGAUAGACAAUGCCCGGUCUAUAAUCAACCAAAACUUUCAUGGGAACAUAUCGUCUGCCUCGUCUUUUGUUGAAAAAGUCACCAAAAAGAAAAGGAAAACUCGCCCUUCACAGAAUCCUUUAAAGUCUGGGGGUAUUCCCAAGAAGUAUUGGAUGAAUGAUGCAUUUGUAUCGGAGUGUUUGAACUGUUUUAAACCUUUCACCGCCUUCCGGAGAAAGCACCACUGCCGGUUCUGUGGUCAAAUCUUUUGUUCUCGUUGUACGCUUUUCAUUUCCUAUCAAGAGCAUAAGGAACAACGGAAAACUGGAGUCAUAAACCCCGACAAAAGACUGUACAAAGAUAAAUUACGGGUCUGUAGACCAUGUUACAGUGAUGUGAUUGUGUACCUUAGUGACUCAGAUUCGUCGUCUUCUGAAAGUGAACAAGAAGUGGAAGAUGAUGCAGUAUCCUUCGAGACUUUGGAUAAGUUCAAAGAUGAUAAUCUCCCACAACACCCGUUUGUUAAGUCCCGUUCGAGAUCCCUUUCGACCUCCAGAAGAGAUUUUCCGUUUGAAGGGAACAAGUCAUUCUUGAAGCCGGCUCUUCAUGAUGAUAAAACGACCGUUAAGUCUCCACUUAGUCUAGCUAUUCCCUCUGCUCGCAAAGGUGACUUACUCGAAGUUCAAUACAGUAAGAGUAAUGUGAAUAGCAGCUUCAGCCGUUCGACGUCACAGGAGCCUUCAGGUGCUAGUUGGCUAAAGAACUAUCCACAUUUGAGAAGAUCGAAGACCCAACAGAACACAGGCCUUUCAAGGUCGAAUAGUUUUGACAACUCAUCUUCAUUGCAUGGAUUCAUUAGUGGUAAGACUGAUGUUUCUAAAAAGGGUAAAAGCAUGAUAUUUGGUGAUACUAAUGGUGACGAUCCUGAUGAUGAGGACGAUGAGUUUGAAAGUGAAAAUGAAGAUGAACAGGUUAUGUCAUUGUAUACCUCGUUGAACCAUAGUGGUUUUAAUGGUAAUGCCAACUCAUCUACUAUCUCACCAAGAGCUCCAAUCACCAGACCCCUAGCAAAUGUCAGUGCAAAUGCUGUCCCUACUUUAGGAGAGUUUCCAACGAUGUUGGUGAAUGAGAAGCUAUACCCUAAGAACAUGUCCAGCGGUUUAAGGUCGUCUCCAGCAGGAGCUGUAUUUCCUGUGUUUAUUCCAAACAAUACCAAGACCGACAUAGAUAUUUCAGCAGAUGGAGGAAGUGUUCCAAGGAGCGUCUUGGAGGAAAAUCCCAAAUCAAACCUCAGAUCUCAUGAAAGAGCACAUGCAUCAUUAUUGAGAAUGAGAUCCAGGAGAAGAGCAAAGACGGCAAGAAACUUGCUGUUACUUACUCAAAAUCCUACUAGAUUACCCCAGUUGGAAUUUCUGGAUUUAAGAGACAGUUCUUCUCCCAUCUCCACCCCAACCUCACCAACUCCAGGAUCGGGACCUUCAGGUGCCUAUUUCAAAGAUUUGAUCACCAAUGAAGGAUUUUCACCUUUGGACAAGUCUCCUAGUGACCCUCAAACCAGGCACCAAAUUUCGUAUGGCAGUUUGAAUAAUUUUGAUGCAGACGAUUCUGACCUGAUUACUAGAGGCCUUUCAGGGAAAGCUUCUAGGGAAGGUCUCUUUGAUGAGAUAGAAAGACAACUUGAUAGCGUUUAUCUCGAACUUUUCAAGAAGAUUUUAGAUCAAUGUCUCAAGGAUUGUGAUAUCAAAGAUGAUACACAACGAUGGUCAAAUGCAUUGACUAUGUCCAUCAAUUUUGUGAACGGCUUAAAGCUAACGGACACUUUGGAUAUCAAACAAUAUGUCAAAAUCAAGAAGAUUCCAGGAGGGAGAAUCGAAGAUACUCAAAUGAUAAACGGGUUAUUCAUGACUAAAAAUAUCGAUUCAAAAAAGAUGUCUUCACGGUUGAGUAACCCCAAAAUCGCUUUGCUUAUGUUUCCAAUUGAGUACUUGAAACAAAAGGAACAGUUCAUCAGUUUAAGGAUUGUCCAGUCUCAGCAAGAUGUGUAUAUCCUGAAUUUAGUUUCAAGAUUGAUUUCUUUAGAGCCAGACAUCAUUGUGGUCGGUGAUACAGUUUGUCAGCUUGCUAAGGACUUUUUAGAAGAUGCAAACAUUACGGUGAUUUCCAACACUAAACCCCAAGUGAUUGAGAGAAUUUCAAGAUACACAAGAGCUGAUAUUUUUCAAUCAGUUAAUGACUUGUUCUUUAAAAAGGGUACAUUAGGUACCUGUCAAAAAUUUGAAAUCAAAAAACAUCUCCAUGGGAAUGUUUUGAAGACAUUUGCCUGCUUCACUGGUACUGAUACUGAACUUGGGUUUACUAUAACUUUAAGAGGUGGAGAUGAGGAGACCUUAAACUCCAUCAAGUAUGCCACUGAAAACUUACUCAGCACCCAGAUCAAUGCUAAGUUUGAAAAGAGUUACUUUGAGGAUUCCAAAUUGGUUUACCUUGAAGACCUCCCCAAUGAGUCAGUAAGUUCGUUAUCAUCCAAGUUAAAUCAAAUUAAGAGUGAAGCUGAAAUAGAAAACAUGGGAAUUGAAAUAAUACCAGAUGAAAAGGAAGUUUUCGGGUACAUCGCCAUGUUUAUAAACAGACAUAUUAGCACUUCUCCAGCUGCCAAGUUCUCUUUACCCACACCAUUGGUUAAUGCAGUUGAAGCGUUCUUUGUUUUUCAUAAUUUCAAUGAGAGAAAUAAACUAUUGAAGUCUAACGAAUCCUUGGAUGAUGUGGAGAUGAGUUUGAUUGAAGAGUUGAAACUUAAUAUUGGACUUGAGAAUAUGCCCAAUAAAGCACAGGAUUUGUUGAAGUUUGUGAAACAUGCAGCUGAAGUCAAACUGAAGAUUUUGUUGAAUCAGUUUCAGUCAAGAGCUAGGACUUGGGCAAACUAUUUGAAACUUCCAUCAUACCAGUUGUAUCCCAUAUUUCAUAGGAACAUACAUUUGUUAUAUUCAAGUGUUUCUAAAAAGUUCAACACCCCUUGUUCAGGUCCAAAUAUUAUUGUUGUGGAUUUUUACACUGAUAACGAUAAGUUUUUGGGUUUGCAGUUGGAUCAGAUGUUCAGCGAAUCUUUGACCGAUUGUGAUGAAUGUGGAGAGCCAAUGAUAGACCAUUAUCGGAACUAUGUUCAUGGGACAGGUAAGCUUGAUAUGGUGGUUGAAAAGUAUGAGGCACUUUCUGCUGAACACAAGAACUUUCCUAACCAGAGAACUAUGUGGAGCGUUUGCAAGCAGUGCAAUUACAAAACCCCGGUUGUUUUAAUGUCAGACGAUACUUAUUAUUUUUCUAUCGGUAAAUACUUCGAGAUAGCUUUCUGGGGCAGAAAUGUAACCUUGAACAAUCAAGGUGAGUGUCGUCAUGAUUUCUUUAAAGAGCAUAUCCGGUACUUUGGUUUCAAUGACAUGGCCAUAAAAGUUGAGUACUUUCCCAUUGAUACCUACGAAGUGGUAGUCCCGAAGAAACAAACUGAGUAUGAUACUAGCGUUGAAAUCAACUUAAAGGUUGAAGCUUUCGACACAAUAAGAACUAAAAGUGCCAACUUCUUUGAUAGCAUUUCUAAAAGGCUUAACAGAGUCAAGGUUGACACUUUUGAUAAGGCAGAAGAUGGAGCCAAAGUAAUCGAACAGAUGAAAGAACGAUUGGACCAGCAACGGAGCAUUUUGGAAGAAGACUUAUUAAACAUAUACAAUCUGACACCUUCGACCUACUACCUUCCUAUGAACUCAAUUUUACGAGAAUUACAAGAGUUGGGAGUGGCUUGGGAUGCAGACUUUAAUGACUUUGAAACUCAGUUCUUACCUUCAGAAAAUGAAAUCACCAGAAUAACUCAAUUCCAUUUAAGAAACUUCUUGAUCGAUAAGUAUAACAUCGAUAAUGCCAAAGAGGUUGAAAUGAACGAUAUGUCGAAGUCAGUGGAUAGUGUUGGAAGCGAAAAAGAAGGACUUUCAAGCAAAAGUGAUGAAAAGACCGUGAAACAGCAAGACAAAGACUCCGAAUUGGUACAGAAUUUGAAUGAAUCACCACGAAAGGAAAUUGGUAAGCUUAUACCUCGCGCAUUAGAAGGACCAGGUUCCAAUGUUGUUGAUAAGGUCAAUAAAAUUGAACAGAAGUUAGAACACGAAAGAAUCCAGAAUACGGGAUCUAGGGUUUCUAGUGGAACUGGAAGUAUGACAGACGAAAGAAAGUCCGGCUUUUCUCCACCUAAGAAAGCCCUGUCCAAAUUAUUAGGCCGCAAAUCGUCUGAUCUUUCUAUCAGCUCUGUCAACUCACAGUUAGGAGUAAAUUCAAACAAGCCGGUUACUAAAGUUUCCCAACUUACAAACUUCUUUGACCAGAUGAGUUUUGACCAAAUCUCCAUGGAAUUUAAAAAGCAAAGAGAGCAGGAAUUGAGGAAGAAUUUGAACAAAUUUAGGGCUCUUCCUAUUGUUGCAUCAAAACCUAUUGUUGAGAUGUACAACAAAAUCGAAGAUGUUGUUAACGCUGAUGAGUUAGAAGUAGAAAAGGCCAAUCGAAGACUUCCGAGAAGACUUACAUCUGAUUCUCUCAUUGGGAAGAGACCCGAUGAAAGUACUGCUCCUGAUUUAACAAGAGCGCGUCCUUCAGAUGUGAAUGAUUCGAAAGACAGAGAUAAACAAGGUGAAAAGUUAAAAGAGAAGGAUGCAAAAGCGAUUGAAAAUCUCAAAUCGAAAGAAAAGGACAAACUACUUGAUAUCCCCCAGCCCGAAAGAGUUUCUCUUUUGAAAUCGUUGACAAACUUUUGGGCUGAUAGAUCCGCUUCUUUGUGGGAUCCUCUCGAUUAUCCUCUUGACUCAACAGAGCACACUUUUGCAGACUCUGAUAUUAUUGUGAGAGAGGAUGAGCCAAGUUCACUUGUUGCUUUUUGUUUAUCAACCAAUGAUUACAAGCAAAAGAUCAAAUCAUUGGCUCAAGAGCCAGAUGAUGAUAUAAAGCUAGACAGUGAAGUGAACAACAAGAAAUUCAAUAGUUUUGCCAAGAUCGAAAAGAAGUUCAAGAAUCGGUUUGACAAUAGCAAGAAGCCCAGCGAACUCGAAAACAUUUUGACGAAGAACAAAUCUACUCAUUUGAAGUAUCAGUUUGCAGAUGGGUCUACCACUUUAUCUUGUAAAAUCUUCUACUCCGAGCAGUUUGAGGCACUUAGGAAGGCAUGUGGUAAAGAGGACCGGUUCCUUCAGAGUUUAUCGCGGUGUAUAAAAUGGAACUCUAGUGGUGGGAAGAGUAAGUCCAACUUUUUGAAGACAUUGGACAACAGGUACAUUGUGAAAGAGUUAAGCAAAUCGGAGUUGGAGUCAUUUGUUCCAAUUGCGCCAUUCUACUUCAAGUAUAUUGGACAGUCGAUGUUCAAUACUUUGACUACUGCCUUAGCCAAGAUAUUCGGGAUAUACCAAAUCCAAAUUAAAAACAUUAUCACCGGGAAGACUUUCCGAAUGGAAUUCCUUAUCAUGGAAAACUUAUUCUACAAUAACAAGACCACCCGUAUUUUCGACUUAAAGGGGUCUAUGAGAAACAGACACGUGACCCAAACCGGUAAGGAGGAUGAAGUAUUACUAGAUGAGAACAUGAUUGAGUACAUCUACGAGUCACCAUUAUUUGUCAAAGAACACCUGAAGAAGCUAUUGAGAGGAUCACUUUUCAACGAUUCCUCUUUCCUCUCUGCCAUGGACGUGAUGGACUACUCGCUAAUCAUCGGUAUCGAUGACCAAACCAAAAAGUUGUACAUUGGUAUUAUUGACUGGUUGAGGACCUUCACCUGGGACAAAAAGGUUGAAAAUUGGGUCAAAGGAAAUAAUUUGAUCGGGGGAAACAAAGGUAAGGAUCCCACGAUCAUCACCCCCAAACAGUACCGGAUCCGGUUCCGAGAGGCCAUGGAGAGGUAUAUAUUGGAAGUACCCGACAUUUGGUAUGAAGGUAAGAACUAGUCGUGCCCGACCGGAAGAGGCUGAAAAAAUAUCGAGACACGGUUCCACAAAUCUAACGGUUAAAAGAACCGCCGGUAAAUAGCCGUCGCAGACAACCGCAAUUCGGCUGUUGUCAAGCGAAGUAGCACAGUAUAUAGAAAAUAUACUCAAUACGUCGUUGGAAACCCAACCGUAUUGUUACCAAGCAAAAUACUUGCCAGAUCUUAUCGGUUCAGCCAGCCAUGUUUGGCUGAGGCGCGUUU